UUUUUUUUUUGGGAGGGGUCUGAUUAGACUCUUUUUUUUUCGGUUUUAUUUUUGUUCACUUGUCAGUUCAUUGGAAGAGAAAACGAUGCAUCAUCCUGAAGAAGAAGAAGAUUAUGACUAUGAAUCGCUGGGAAACGACACGACCAUGUUACAGAAUGCGUUUGCGGGUGCAUUAGCUGGUAUUGCUGAACAUUGUGCCAUGUACCCCGUUGACAGUAUCAAGACUCGUAUGCAAGUGAUUUCAUCUACAGCUACAGCGACGCAUCCAGCAAAGAGAGUGUCAACAGCGUUCGAAAAUGCACCAGCACCCUGCAGUACGAGAGCUGGGACAACAGCCACGGCCACAGCGAGCAGCAUGGGACGAGCUACUUACUUGAGGCAUUUAUGGAAAGGAGUCAAUUCUGUUGUUUUGGGGGCAGGACCAGCACAUGCGUUACAUUUCGCUACUUAUGAGUUUUGUAAAGAGCAGUUCGUAAAGAGCCCGUCUUUCUUCCGUCAGCAUGAGAGGAACCCUCAUGACACGAAGCAUCAUCCGUUGGCGUUUGCAGCAGCAGGUGCUUGUGCCACUUUAGCCCACGAUUCGUUGAUGAAUCCAUUUGAUGUCGUCAAACAGCGUAUGCAACUUCAGGGAUCCACUUAUACAACGAUUUUUGAUUGUGCGAGGAAAGUCUAUGCGAGAGAAGGGUUUAUUGCGUUUUACAUCUCUUUACCUACCACUUUGGUGAUGUCUAUCCCAUUCCAGUCGAUACAAUUUGCCACCUAUGAGUUUUUUCGAAAAACAUUGCUCCAUUAUCGUGCUUCUACCACCACCACCACUGCCCAUGGCGAUGAGGAUCACGAGCCACGCAGCAGCACAACACAGAGUCAUCGUAGUACCGGUGGGGGUCGUGCCGUAAAUAGCCAUUAUGACCCCCAAUCACAUAUUCUUGCGGGUGCAUUAGCAGGUGCGGUGGCCUCUUCGGUGACGACGCCACUGGAUGUGGUGAAAACAUUAUUACAAACGAGAGGGACCAGUACCGAUCCGGUGGUACGUAACGCCAAUGGAUUUGUAGAUGGGGCAAAGAUUAUUUUCAGUCGCUAUGGCCUCAGGGGCUUCUUUAGAGGAUACAAACCACGUGUGUUGACACAUAUGCCAAGUGCAGCUAUCAGUUGGAGUGUCUAUGAAUAUAUCAAAUGGAUGAUCAAUACCCAAAAUAACCAACACUUACACCAGAAAGACGAGAAUUUUGUAUCUCUGUAAACAUGAGGGCUUUUAUUUGUCUCCAAAAAAAAAAAAAAGAAAAUAAUGGGCCAAUCGCCUCUCUUUGAUUUACUUGUAUUAUAACACCCCUCUCUCUAUUUACU